AUGAAGUGGCUGCCGCUUCCCAAGAUCGCCCAUGCCAUCGCCAUCCAUCCCUUUACACCAUCAACUCUACCUCAAAAUUCCACAGCCUCACAAAGCGGACGCCCAUACACAACCUACUCAACACUUCAUUCACCACUCCUUUCACCGCAGACAGACACAGCUUCAAUUCACACCAUCGGCUCACUAUCGCCCUCAUUUAGCACCACUGACCAUUCAUCACUCAAUCCAACAGACUAUGCACACCUUGCUGCACUUGAAGUGGGCGACGAGCUCUUCAUAUUCGAGCAGCAAGGUCAAUGGUACCGAGGAUAUGUUUUGAGUACACUUGAAGCAGGCAGAAAACCAAAUACAGCACCCAUCGGCUGCUUUCCUCGCUCGCACGUGCAGAUCAAAGAGUAUCUGGACACAGCAGCUGGAGACCCUUCAACCUUAUGUCGCACGGAUUCUAUCUUGGACGACCGACCACUUUCUCCUACUGCACCCUGGCUGUCUCCUGAUCUGCCAAGUCUUACACGUUCCUUUUCUGACUCUUUCAUCAAGAAAGCCCCAGAGUGCGAACCAGCGCGUCCCAACAGUUAUGUCGAUUUUCACUUUGAUCUCGACGAUACAGCCCGUUAUUCAUUUGUCAGCGAUAUGUCUAAACCAUCUCCACCAUCUCUACCACUCGUUCGAUUCGAUCAAUCUACUCUCACCGGCAGCUCAGAACCAUUAGUAGACGAGAUUGCUGCCUGUGUGAGUGAGUGGAACACUUUGCUGUAUAUUUAUCUUGAUCAGAAUCAAUACACUCAAUUCAAUGCAGUACGAGAUCAUAUAAACUAUCUCUUCCAAGCCCGGCGGCAGUUACUUGAUCAGGCCCUUUCUAGGGAAGAACUAUCAAGACUACGCAAAGAGAUCAUUCACCGUAUGAUCACUAUGAAUCUCGCCCUCGACCGUGACAUGAUCAUUCGCCACCCAGAACGCGGCUUUCUCCUCGACUCCAAUAAUACCUCCCUCGCCACACUCUACCGUAUGCACUGGAAAUACACCAUCGCUGACCCUCUUCCCCUCACCUCCUUUUCAACCGUUACACCCCCCACACCACACUCCUUUUCUCUUCCAAAAGAUACUACAGAUCUACCGGCACUGGAACCACAGCCUUCAGUGUCUCAACAAAAUAACAAAGGCGCAAAAUUCAAUCAUCUUUUAUUCGAACUCAAAGCCUGCGUUGCUCAUAUAUGUCAACCAGGGGAAUUUACAGAAUUAUAUUUUUCACUCUACAACAAGGCGGAUUCAACAUUUGUCACCGAGCAAUUCGUAGUCGUUCUUACGUACAAUGGAAUGCCAAAGGACGAGAGUCAGAUCGGAAAAUUACAGACGCUUUUUACGGAUCUCUCUGCUCACGACCUUACUACUAAUCUUUAUCUGAUUUGUCGGAUUGUUAGGCUGGGAGGGAUGAAAUUUACGGAUAAGGAGAAGGAUUAUCAUCUUGGAACAAUCGGUAGCCACGCAUCCAUGAUAUUUAGCAACGAUAAUAGCCGUAUGAUGAACUACUUUGACCAAGGAAACGGGCGGUACCAAUCAAAAUCUGUCCUAUCCCCAACAGCUUCUACUGCUAAUCUUUGUAGACGUCCAUUUGGAUGCGCGGUACUACACGUUGGAGGGCUUCUACAAAAGACAGAGCGUAUUGGAUUCGAUACAAUUACAAACAACGGUAGCAGCAGUAACAACAACGGCAACAACACGCCUGCAUUUUUCUUACCAGGGAAUACAACCGCAAAUCCCGCAAGCAAUAGAAUUACUUUAUCUGAACACGAUAUGCGAAUUUUCACUGCCACAUCAGAGUCUACAUUCUCAACACUUCAUGAAGAUAUAAUAAACAAUUCAAUCAAAGAUAUUUCUAAACAUGCACGUGCAGAAACGCUUAGAGUUGAUCUCAAGAUGUUUUAUGGACAGCUCGAUCAGGUACUCAAGACCAAUACUGCUUUAUUACAAGACAUGACUCGCACUUCACGACUUGGCUUUCCAGACGUAGUGUUUCCAUCUGAUGAACGUAAUGAACUUUACAUAACCCUGAUCUCGGGUGACUUUGCCCAGUUUGGCCGGUCGCGCAAUAUACAAGUUACUUUGUGUGUCCGCGAUAACUUUACCGGCGAUGUUGUUGAAAAUGCGCUAUCUUCUGGUGCAAAUUCACCUUUUGUAACAUAUUGGGAUAGUAUGGUAUUCUACCAUGACCAACGACCAAAGUGGGGAGAGAUCCUCAAAUUGAAGAUCCAGCCAUAUGUUCUCUGGGCGCGAUCUCACGUCUUUAUUACAAUUCGACACAGAAGUAGCCAUCAUAUGACGACACCAUUACCACAAAGUAUACCAGUUGGUGUGGCAACCAACCCUCAGGCAAAUGCCAACGAGAAAAUUAUAGCCAUGGGAUUUCUACCUCUCACCUUACCUUCGGCCCAUCGUGAUUUUGUAGCCGAUGGAUCUCAUACCCUUUAUUUAUACAAAUACGAUCGUACCCUGGCUAACCAGGGCGCCUACAUUGAUAAUGUUCCGUGGUGUUAUCGAUCUUCCACUCCCUCAAACAUGCAAGCCCAAGAGUAUACUAAUGCUCGAUAUAAGGAACAGAAGUUCAAGGUCGGGCAUCGGUACUCGUCUUCAGGUGGAAGUCUCAAGAGUCUUCAUGGCACAUUCACUACUCCCUCAGUUUUUAGCAGUACAACUGGAAGUAGUAUCAACGUUGCAACAGCAGAUUUGCCAAGCCCUGGAAAGCUUACCACAUUACGUGAUACUCUGACCAUCAGUACAUUUUUGUGUUCGACUCGAUUUACCCAAAACAAGACUCUGGUAAAAUUAUUAAAUUGGAGCGACAUAUUGGAGCAAGGACCCGAAGGUGGUGAAGAACUUUUAUCAAUCCUAGACAAAUUUUCAUUUGUGGGAGAAAUGGAAGUUGUAAAGUUUCUUGGUGAUAUUUUUGAUGUACUCCUGGCUAUCCUUGUUUGCAAGCACAAGCACAUGCAUGCACGGGAAGAUAUCGUUGAUCAAGCGCUGGCAGCAAUAAUCUGGGUUUUGGGGAUUGUACAAGACAGACGGUUCAGUAACUUCAGACCAGUAUUGGAUGUGUACAUUGAUCAAAGAUUUGUACCUGACGAGAACGUUCCCGCAGAUGCAAAGGCUCGUUUACUACAAAACUCUAAUGAUGAGAUGACCUAUGACCAGAUUCUCAAAGGAAUGCUCCGCCUGUGUACGAAUCCGAGUGACCCGAAGAAAGCAAAGUUAUUGAGAAGUAGUAUGAAAGUGUGGGACUAUCUUUUCCGAUUUAUGGUACGCUCUAGAGACAUGCAGAAACGGAAAGAAGACAACGGAGAACGUAGCCUGAGAGAUAUUAUGUUUAAAGACGAGCUUCAGCAGCUAUUGGAUCUGAUUAUUCAAAUGAUGGUACCUGAGCAGCCUAAUGUUAUGAUUGGUAGUCAGACACUGGCUCUCCAGCACUUUGCCGAUGUAUUAGGCGAACUUCGCGGUGUGCUAUCUCCAAAGCAACUAGUUGAUACAACUACCAAUUUCGUUGAUACCUGCGAUCAUUUUACAGGAAAGCUGGUUGGAUACAAACUGUGUAUGAUUUUGGCUAUUGUCAAGGGACCAGUAUUCAACGAUUAUACUUGCCGGUCAGGCCUCGCAAAGCAUGUGCUCAGGUGGAUUCAGAUGUGGAUGAACUCUUAUAUGGCAGUAGCAAAGGACGUUAUUUUUGCUCGCCAUGACCAACAAGAAGGAGAUCACCAACAGAUACGAUUACCAAAGGCACAAUGGCUCGAAAAUUUGCGACUUUCUUUGACAAUCGUGAGCGAGGUCUUAGAUAAAGCUAGAAAAUCAUGUGGUAUGGCAUCUUCGGGGUUGUCAUCUGCCUCAGUAUCAUCACCGUCGAUCAGCACAUUCUCUCGUCCUAUUUCUACAGCAACAAGCGGUGAUGAAGAAAUAAUAGACGAAUCUCAUGUAGAGCUUAUGUCCAUUACCGAGGUUGUCCUUCAGCUGGUUCCCCAGUUAUUAAACGCCUACAAGGAACUUCAGCGACUAACACAACAGGCAAUACAAGCAUUGGAAAUGACGGGUAAUUCUAUUCCUUCAAAUGAUAAUUCGGCUUCAGCUGCAGUAGCUGCUUCUAGUCGUCGUAACUCAAGACACUCUCUCGGUAUGUUACGUGAGCGAAACAACUCGGUCAGUAAUAAGAACAACCCGGGAACCUCUUCAGAUAUUUUGGAAAGCAAUUCCAAGUUUUCAGUUGUUUUACAGGCCCUUGCCACCUCCCCUUCAGUGCCCUUUCCGAGCACCUAUCCUUUUCAGACCACACCUACAAAAAGCUCGACUUUGGCAAACGGUAGCAAUGUAAUUGCUAUGGUUACAACUGGAUUGCUUGAUAUUACGGUAGUUCUUUUAGAACUUUUUCAUCUGACACCCCAGCGACAGUGGGUAGCAUUUCUUCAUGACUUUCAAGUCCGUGAAGGACCAGCAGCAACUGCAGUAUUUUUGCGAAAGGUUUGUCAUACAUGCAUGGCGAUCUUGUUUGGUGACGAUCUACAGAUUCUUGAGGAAUCCAAAGGCACUGUCGAAGGUCGUGAGCGCUGCGAGGAGGAUGAAACACGCGAAAGUAGAAAGAUUCCUAGCAAUUGGCUCAACAUGGAUGUUAUUGCGCAUCAGAUCAUUUUAUGCAACAUUCUCGCCCCUGCCAUUUCUGUUUUAGAAUCUGAAGCGUUCUUGCCUGUCACAAUGGCAGAUCAUGGUGAUACGGAGGUGGAUAUUGAAGAAGGGCCGGAGCUUAUUUUGUGGCGGACAAUGUUUGGCAGCUUACUUCAGACUAUGUCAAGUUCCCGUUUGGAAACUGAGAAAUUCUUGCCUCAAGUCCAACGUGCAGUAUGGAAACUUUCCGGUAAUAGUAAAGGAGCAGUCGGUGCAAAGACCUUGUUGCAACUCUGGCGCUUAGCAGGACCACCACAGCGACCAAAGGCUGAAGAGUCAAACAAAGCAGAUGUCAUGUCUUAUUUUAGUAGUACAAUCGAAGAAGAACCAUUAUCGCUCGAAUCAGAAAAAGAAGACACAGAAGAGCAGACAGCAGAAGUAUCAAUUGAAUUACCAAAGAAGGAACCCAAAGGACGCAGCAUUGCAUCCUUUUUGGAAGGUGACCCGGAGAUGUAUGGAGUAAAAAUCAUGAUUGAGAAGAUUAAUGACGAAGAUGCAGAAGACAAGAAGGAAGAAUUACGAAGGAUAAAGGAGCGAAGAUCAACAUGUUCUGCUUAUACCGAUUCUGGAAAGCUCCCUGCAAUAUCAGUGCUACAAAUUGAUCUGAUGUCUAUCGUACUACGCCCCCUUUGCGCCGUUGCCCUCACGCUUCACGAGCAGGCACGUUCUGCAGCUCUUGAUGUUAUUGCAGACAUCAUCACAAUUGAAUUGCACACCUUUGGAGAAUUAACGCACACACGCCAUUUGUUAAUUGCAACUCUGGAUCGUUUGGUUAUGUCAGAAAAUAAGGGAAAUGAGAUUAUUAGAAUUGAUAUGAUGGAAGAACUCAGUCACAUGCUCGAGAUCAAGCUAUUAUCUCAAGAUGCCAGUGAACUUAUCCAACCUGGAAAAGAAGCCAUUGAAUCACUGAGCAGGUUUAUGGAAAUAUUGCUUCAAAUCCGAAGUCUCCCACUCGACGACGAUGAAUUUAUGGACGAACAAAUCAAUGCAACGCUCAAACUGAUGAAGUUUAUUCAGGUUAUUGAACGAGAAGAAAUUUAUAUCAAAUAUGUUCACCAGCUCGUUCAGCUUCAUGUCGGCAGCCACAACUACAUCGAAGCAGCUCUUACACUCAGAUUCCACGCUAAUUUGCUUGAAUGGGAUCCAUACGAAGACCUUGCACCAAUUCCCGAUCUAGGUUUUGUUUCGCAAACCUCAUUUUCACGCAAAGAAAAGCUUUAUUGGACCAUGAUUUCUUACCUUGAACAAGGCAGCGCAUGGGAGAUAUCUAUUGAGCUUUGCAAAGAGCUAGCACACGAGUAUGAGAACACUGUAUUUGACUAUUUCAAGCUGAGUGAAGUGUUGCAGCGUCAGGCAAAACUAACCCAGGAUAUUGUCAAGAAGGAGCGUUAUUUCCCAGAAUAUUUCCGAGUUGGGUUUUACGGCCGAGGGUUCCCAGAUAGCGUACGGAGUCAUCAAUAUAUAUACCGCGGCUUGGAAUGGGAAAAAAUGUCUUCGUUUGUUGAGAGGAUGCAGAAUCGCCACCCGAAUGCUCAGCUUCUGUCAGGUAAAGAUGCUGCCGUUGCGGUAAUGCACGAAGAUCAGCUCAAGGUACUGGAAAGCGCAUUGGAUGGACAGUAUCUUCAAAUCACAGCACUCGUACCUGAACCAGAAGGAGAAGCAAAGCAAAGAUUGAAGAAUCCGUUGGUUCCAGAAUACAUCAAAAAAUACUCAAUGGCUAAUAAUGUAUCAACCUUUUCAUUCUCGAGACCUGUCAACAAAGUCCAGUCUUCAGGCGAGGAUCAUAAGCCUGAGACAGAUUUCUUGAACCUUUGGACCGAAAAGACCGUAUUGACUUGUGAAGACGCAUUCCCAAAUAUCUCUCGUCGAUCACGUAUUAUACAUGUACAGGUCAAAGACGUAUCACCUAUUGAAAACGCAGUUGUUGCAGUGGAGAACAAAAACCAAGAACUUUUAGAGCUGUAUAAGAAAUACUCUGUUUACGUCAAUCAGAAACGACCACCAUCUGGGUCAAAUACUGUCAAUAUCAGUCCAUUCUCAAUGUCACUUAACGGUGCUGUUGAUGCUCCUGUUAAUGGAGGAAUCCCGCUUUACAAAAAAGCAUUCUUCUCGAAGACCUAUUGGGUAAAUAAUGUAGAAACACGUCCAUGGAUCGAGCGUCUGAGAAAAGCAAUUGAUGUUCAGGUCAAAACGGUCGAACAAUGCUUAGAAAUACACGAUAAGUUGGUCAGUCCAGAAAUGCGACCGUUCCAUAUUACACUUGUUGGCUUUUACAAGAAGAACUUUGCUGAAGAGAUUGCUCGAAUAAACCAGCCUGAUAGUGGAAUAGAUGAAGCCACAAACAUGUCAUCUCCUGUUGAAUUGAAUGAACAACGUCCAAUAAUUUUACGACAAAACUCUGUUGCUCAGUCCUUUACCCCACUCUCAACCUUCCCUCCUCCUCUUCCAAUUUCCCCCGUCAGUCGGGCAUUCUCUAUACGCUCACCGAUGACUGAACAAGCUUUAAUGCGCGCAGCUCUCGAAAAUACAUCGAUAUCCCGAGCAGAGAGCAUAUCACGUAGUUUGAAAAUGACACUUCGUAAGAAGUCUCGAAAGAAGUCUCAAGCAUAG